AUGAGGCCCGACGACACGCGCAACCGCGUCAUCUUCCGCUACUGGCCGCGCGACCCCAACGGCCAGGUCAUCAAGCCCUCGCCCCUCCGUGGCAAGGAAGCGCCCAACGGCAUGAAUCUCUGGGGCGCUACGCUCUACGACUUCUACAGGACCCGCCGCAUCCCGGACAGCCCGUACCUGUCCACCAUAUCCACGGGCAGCCGGCUCGCCAAGACCAUGCGCGAGUUCGGCGAGCUCGAGCACGCCAAGGACGAGAUCGCGUGGGCGGACGAGGAGGCGGACCCGAAGGAGCUGCCGCCGUGCGACAUCGGGAGGCUCGUCAUGGACCACGAUUUCCUCAAUGCAGGCUUCGGCGGCGUGCCAUUCGAAGGGUUUCGCCCCAGGCCCAAGCUCGAGCAGCGGAUCCCGUUCCACUUGUUGCCCAAGAAGCUUAUCGUUCAUGAUCCGUGGAACCUCUUGACUGUC